AUGGUUUCCGUCCGCAGACCUCGUCGAUCUCCUCGCUACUCCAGCUGGAGUACCUUGGAGACCAGCAGCAUGACUUCGAUGCCCCACAGCGACACAUCCUCACGGCCUCGGAGCCGAGAGACGGGCUUCCCUGAGCCUUUCUGCGGCAGUCGCAACACCACUCUGCCGCAUCCCGAUGCAGACACAUCACCAAACGCCUGCAUCUCGCAAGAUGACAUCUCCCUCAGCCGCGUCGAGUCCCGACAACGACGCUCAUUCCGCGCCAAGCACAAGCGAACUAUCAGCCACGGUCUCAUCACGCCCGAGAUGGAGCAGAUGUACAGUGAACUGGUUGCUGUAACCAGUGAUUCGGAUUCCUCACCCACAAGGGAGGACUUGGAAAGGCUGCCUACCAUCCCGGGCACGCCAGCCGUGGGACACAUGGCGAGGCCGCCCUCCAAGGACGGCGGCGUUAGUCUCGCAUCCACCUCGACGGGCGACAACCGAAAGUCGAUGGAACACGAUCAAAGCAAGUUCCGUUCACGAUUGUCGAGUGACGGCUCCUCGGCCAAGUCGAGGAAGAAGGGUUUCAUGCAGAGGCUGGGCAUCUCACACCACAAAUCAUAG